AUCUACACAUAACAUAACACAUUCCCAACCCCCAACAGCAAAUCAGCAAUCACAACACACAACAUUUUUUACUCUCCAUCUUUAUCAAAAACUGUUUAAAAGUUUUUCUUUGUUCAUUUAUUUAUAUACCCCAUAAAGCAAAAUCUCAAAGGGUGUCCUCAAAAACCGAGAUUUUAUUUAAAAAGGAGAGAUUUUUGUUGAGGCAAGUAGAGAAAGGUGCAAGCUUUGUUUCUGGGUUUUCGAAAGCGAGCAGGAAAUGGUGGAUUCGGAGAAGGUGGUGUUGGUUGAGGAAGCAAUGGAAGGGGAAAGGAUCAACGGUGGUGAAGAAGAUGAGAAGGAGAGGCUCUUGGAGGGUAUGUCUGUUUUGGAUUUUGACAUGCUUUGCUCCACCGUGGCGUUGCAAAGUGCUAAUGGUAGCUGGGGGAAGCUUGGGAGAAGAAACCUUGAUGAUGAGGAAGAAGAUGAGGAACAACAUCUUGGUGGGGUUCUAAGGAUGUGGGAGGGUGAAGUCCUUGAUUGCUUCGAUGACCGCCGCAUCGCUCUUGAAUCAGCAUGCUGUCCUUGUUACCGAUUUGGGAAGAACAUGAAACGAGCCGGCUUUGGUGCAUGCUAUAUUCAGGCUGUAGUUUAUUUUCUUCUUGCUUUAGGUGCCUUCGCUAACUUCAUUGCUUUUAUUGCCACAAGGCGUCAUUACUUUCUUUACCUGGCUGUUGCCUUCACCAUUUCUGUUGGAGCAAUUUUAGGAUUCUAUCGAACACGUAUUAGAAAGAAAUUCAACAUCAAGGGUAGUGAUAAUGCCGUGGAUGAUUGCGCUUACCAUUUUAUCUGUCCUUGUUGUACAUUAUGCCAGGAGUCUAGAACACUGGAGAUAAACAACGUUCAAGAUGGCACUUGGCAUGGCCGGGGUGACACGAUAUGCAUAGGUGGGUUUAGUGAUGGGAGUAAAGCACUGUUUGAGUUGCAUCCCCCUCCUGUUGUGUCCAUCAUGCCAACUGAUGAAAGUUGCAUGGAGAAGAGCUGAAUCAGUCUUGAAUCUUGGCCAAGAGAUUAAUGCAAUCGUGGCGGCGACAAAGACAGUUCACACUAGGACUAAAGUGCUAUUUGACUAAGUGGAAAACAUGUCAGUCUACAAAUGUGCAGAGGAUCUACCAUUCUUAACUAUUGGGGUCUUAUUUUUGUCAACCCCUUUAGAGCUGGACUAGAGUUUCUAAUAUGAAAGAGUUACAUCAUUUAGUUAUGUCUUUGUCAAACAGAUUGUUUAAACUCAUUCAUGCUCCCAAAGAAAAGAAGGGCGUGAUUCCAAGCUGAUCAAGUUUAUCGACCUCUUGCUAUAGGAUUAGUUAGUUCUAUUUCUCGAGCAGGGCAAGGGAAGGGGUCUAAGUCAUGUUUCCUACUGAACUUACACAUUUGUUAGUGAGAUGAAAGAAAAUAGAGAAUGAAAAACGACCGAAAUUCGUAUUGAAGUUGUCUUGUAUGCAAUGUGAAGAAAAUGAAAAGAUAAUGAGUUUGUGUUGCA